UUAAUUAACAUUUUACCUAAAAUCGAAUUUGUUCAAUACAUAUCAAAAAUUUAAUAUUAACAACUUCCUCACCAUGCAGGGUGUAGUUGUCCUACUGCGGGUGUUCCUCCUUCUCACCAUCGUGACCGCCAAGGACGACACUCCGAGCAUAUACGAUGAGAUGGUGGAAAUACCAGGCGCUGCAUUCUCAAUGGGAUCCGACGACUCGAAGGGCAGAGACGGCGAGAGUCCGUCAAAACUCGUGCGCGUCAAAUCGUUCACCAUCGACAAGUAUCCCGUCACUAGCGGGCAGUUUAGAAAGUUUGUGAGAGAUACCAAGUAUAAGACGGACGCGGAGAAAUUUGGUUGGAGUUUUGUGUUUGCUUCUCAUUUGGAUACCAAGAUACGCGAAGGAAUUACUCAGUCGGUUCCGGGUGCACCUUGGUGGCUGCCCGUCAACAGAGCAUAUUGGAGACAGCCGGAAGGACCUGGUUCUUCCAUAAAAGAGAGAAUGAACUACCCGGCUCUUCAUACUAGCUACAACGAUGCCGUCAAGUACUGUGAGUGGGCAGGGAAACGACUUGUAACGGAAUCGGAAUGGGAACUGGCAGCAAGAGGAGGCCUUAAAGGUAAAGAAUACCCUUGGGGAUCCAAGUUUGAACGAUCUCGAAUGAACAUUUGGCAAGGGAAGUUCCCAGAUGAAAACACAAAAGACGAUGGCUACUCAGGAGCAUCACCCGUCGAUGCUUACAAGCCACAAAACAAAUAUGGUUUACAUGACAUGGUGGGCAACGUAUGGGAGUGGGUUUCAUCCGAGUUUCAAGAGCCGAAUGAUCAGCCUUCGGCUGAAAAGAAAUACGUACUACGAGGAGGAUCAUACCUUGACUCACAAGAUGGAUCAUUCAAUCACCUAGCAAGAGUCACUACAAGAAUGGGCAACACCCCCGACUCUGGAUCUGAUAACAUGUCAUUCCGCUGCGCAAAAUCGUUACAAAGCAGGAACAAAAGUGACUUAUAGCAGCUGCAAACAAACAAUUAGUCCAUCAGCAAU